UGGCCCUAACUUCCCGAACUUGGGCGUUAGGGCCCGAUGCUGGGGCUCGACUCUGCGCUCAAGCAGGGGUUAUUUUCCACUUAUGUGGCAUUGUGGACCUCGUCGCAUCUUCUGGUGUAUUCGAGCCGGUUAGCCAAUGCUCCAAGCUACAAUGCCACUUCUGUGGUUCUUUUGACCGAGACUGUCAAGCUUUUCCUGGCUGGAGCUAUGUAUGUGGCCUAUGAUGGUUCGUUCCAGGAGAUGCUUCGGAUAUCCUCACAAGAAGUGCGAGUCUUGUUGAGAUAUGCAAUUCCUGCCUUGUUGUAUGCGCUCUACAACAACUUGCUCUUCAUCAAUCUGGCAUCUUUCGAUCCAGGAACUUACAAUGUAUUGAUUCAGCUGAAAAUCGCAAUGACGGGCGUGCUGUACCAGAUUCUGUUUUCCAAGCAGCUCAACCGGAACCAAUGGGCGGCCAUACUUCUCAUCACCCUUGGCUGUAUGUGCAAAGAGUCUGGCAAAGUCACCAAAUUUGGUUUCCAGGCCGUUGCGUGUUUCUUUUGUUUGUAUUUGUUUUGGACCAUUUCCUUCAGGUUGAAGGCCACUCCUUUGGCUGCUGCAUUAGGUUAGGUUAGGGUCCCGACUCGGUAGACUAGGAUUUGUGCGUGCUGAGAGUAUGCAGCCUCGUGCUUCCUCCCAAACUCCUCGGGCAUGAAGGUUUGAUCUUUGGGAA